AAGGCUGGAUUAAACAGCGUCCAAUCCAUCUUCCUCCCUUUCUCUCUCUGUAAGCUUCACGCUUGCGUCACCGACCGAGGCCUUCCAUAUUUUUGCGGUGCCCGGCAUACGCAUCCUGACACUAGCCGUCGUGUCACACAGUUGAGCAGAGAAUUCCGGGAAAAUUCAGCUAGUUUCUUUCUCCGCAACAGUUCUCCAUACAGCUUAAACUCAUGGCUUGGUCUUUCAGUCGUAGUUCGCUUUAUAGAUUGCUGUUCUUGGUGAUGAGUUUAGCUUCUCAGAGAUGUUAUGGUUUCCGGACAUUCGGGUUCGAUGUCCACCACAGGUACUCCGAUCCGAUUAAGGGAAUUCUGGGUGUUCAAGACCUGCCGGAGAAGGGAAGUCGGGAAUACUAUGUUGCUAUGUCUCACCGAGACCGUAUAUUCCGAGGCCGUGGACUAGCCGAUGGCGAUCGGACGGUUCUAACGUUUGACGGCGGCAAUAAAACUUAUCGGCUUAACUCCUUUGGAUAUCUAUAUUAUGCCAAUGUUUCCGUUGGGACACCAGCUUUAUCCUUUCUUGUGGCAUUGGAUACGGGUAGUGACUUAUUCUGGUUGCCAUGCAAUUGUACCAGCUGUGUGCAAUCGCUGCAGUCAGAAAAUGGUCAGGAUAUUAAACUUAAUAUCUAUGGUCCUGAUGCAUCAUCCACGAGCAAGAAGGUGCUAUGCAACAGCACCUUCUGUGAACAACAAACACGGUGCCCUUCAUCUGACAGUGGUUGUCCAUAUCAGAUUCAAUAUCUUUCAAACGGAACUUCAUCUUCUGGGGUUCUGGUAGAGGAUGUUUUGCACUUAAUUACAGAUGAUAAUCAGAAAAAAGAAGAUGACGCGCGUAUUACUUUGGGAUGCGGUCAAAUUCAGACUGGUUCAUUCCUGAGCGGUGCAGCUCCAAAUGGUCUUCUUGGACUCGGUAUGCGUAGUAUCUCAGUCCCUAGCAUGUUAGCUAGAGAAGGGCUCACUUCGAAUUCAUUUUCCAUGUGUUUUGGAGCUGAUGGUGUCGGAAGAAUCAGGUUUGGAGAUAAUGGCAGCUCAGACCAGGGAAAAACACCAUUCAACAUCAGAUCAUCACAACCAACCUACAACAUCAGCAUCACUCAAAUCAUUGUUGGAGGAAAUACUGCGGCUCUUGAGUUCUACGCAAUCUUUGACACUGGUACCUCAUUUACAUACCUAAACGGCCCAGCUUAUACACAAAUUACUACGAGUUUCGAUUCUCUGAUUAAAGAAAACCGACAUUCAUCAGGUUCUGGCGAAGAUCUCCCCUUUGAAUACUGCUAUGAAUUAAGUUCAAAUCAGACCAAAUUCGAAGUCCCUGUGUUGAAUCUUACCAUGAAGGGUGGGGACAAUUACUAUGUCACUGAUCCACUGCUAAUGAUUUAUGAUGGGGAUGUUCCAGCUGGAUAUUGCCUCGGGAUCGUGAAAAGUGAUGACGUCAAUAUAAUUGGACAGAACUUCAUGACUGGUUACAGCAUAGCCUUUGAUCGUGACAACAUGAUUCUUGGUUGGAAAGAAUCCAAUUGUUACGAUGACGUACCUUCCAACUCCAGCAAAUCACCUACUAACAAAUCUCACACACCUGCUCUUGCUGCAAAUCCUGAAGACACAUCUAACCAGUCAAAUGGCCCACCCAUUCGGAACCCUUCUACUUUCACAUUUAUGGCGGUUCUGUUUCCGCUUUUAGCCAUUGUUUAGUUAAUCAAUUUUGUAUUAUUUAAAGGCAUUCCCUUUAUUUUAAAUUUUCGAGAGCAUUAUAGGCUUCUAGUUUGGUCGAGCACAGGAGAAGCAUUGUUGCUUCCGAUUCUUUAGAUCUUAUUAGAAUAAUGUGUUUGUACAUAAUGUAUACAGUGUGUUGAUAUAUAAUAGAAUUUACACAUUUUAGGUUUU